UUUCCACCACGUUGCCCAAAUCUGCCGAUCCUCCGCACCGCCGAAGCGCCGUAACCGUGUCCGCCGGUCGCGACCACUCGAAAUAGCACGAUGCUGCUAAAGCUAACAACGUCCACGCGCUACGUGCUCCUCGUCCUCCUUCUCGUCCUCGGCAUCCACUCCAUCCUGAGCUUCACCCACGAGGACUACGGUCGUGCCACGUCCCUCUCACAAACAGCCGCCAAACUCUCGUGGGGCUCCAACGACGCGCUCGACAGCAUCCCCGACGAGUAUUUCUACCAUGAGCUCGAGCCGACGCCGUACAACGUCACCCGGCGCGCGAAUGCGACGAUGCUCAUGCUCGCGCGGAAUAGCGACCUCGACGGGGCGAUGCGCAGCGUGCGCGAGCUGGAGGACAGGUUCAACCGUCGGUGUCGCUACCCCUGGGUGUUUCUGAACGACGAGGAGUUUUCGGAUUACAACGUCGUGUCGGGCCCUGUGUUGUUUGGCUUGGUUCCGCGCGAGCAUUGGGUCCAGCCUGACUGGAUCGACGAGGACAGGGCGCGGGAGAGCAGGGACAAGAUGGUGGAGAACAACAUUAUCUAUGUAAUGUGCCGCUUCAACUCAGGGUUCUUUUACCGUCACCCGCUCCUGCAGCAGUACAAGUGGUCCUGGCAAGUCGAGCCCGACGUGCACUUCCACUGUGACAUCGAGUUUGACCCGUUCGCGUAUAUGGAGGACAAUGACAAAAUCUACGGCUUCACGAUCACCAUGUAUGAAUAUGAGGCGACGAUCCCGACGCUCUGGGAGACCAUCAAGUUCACGCGUCUGCACCCCGAGUACGUCUCUCCGAACAACGCGAUGGGCUAUCUCUCCGAUAACAACGGGAACACGUACAACCUCUGCCCUUGCAAGCCCGCUCUUUGGAGCAACUUUGAGAUCGCGAGCAUGGACCUUUGGCGCGGAGAGGCCUAUUCGAAAUACUUUGAUUUCUUGGACUCCAAGGGCGGGUUCAACUACGAGCGCUGGGGCGACGCACCGGUACACAGCAUCGCAGCGGCGCUGUUCGCGCGGAAAGACCAGAUCCAGUUUUUUGACGAGAUUGGGUACGAGCAUAAUCCGUAUACGCAUUGUCCGCGCGGGCCUGGUAAGUGGGCGCGUGGGCGGUGUGCGUGUGAUGCUGGGAGGAGUUUUGAUUAUGAUGGGUAUUCGUCUAUGAGGCAGUGGGAUCGCGUUCAGUAAAGUCUUGUUGGCGGUUGGCUGGCAUGAUGUAUAGACGGUGAGAUGCUUAGAUCUAUAGCGUUU